CGGUGGCAGCAGAGGCCACGCAAUGAUCCCAGCCGGGCUGUGCCCGCCACCACCUCUCCGCCUGCUGAUUGGCUACGACCCAAUAGCGUCCCGCCCGGCCGUCCAAUGAGCUCGUCAGAAAGAACUCCCUUACUUCCGCUUUCCUCCCCUUCUUCCCCGUCCCUCUCUACCAUUGGCCAGGCGCCGGCGGAGCCCCGCCUCCUCGCCUCCCCUCCCGCUCUGAUUGGCCCAGCGGCGCUAUCCCCGCCCCUUCCGCCACGCUUGUUUCCGCUCCUCCUACACGGGGCGCUCAGUUUCGCCCCCGGCUGCGAGUCCGGCGAUGGCGGCGGAUCCGGUUCCGGUUUUUGGGCUCCCGCCGCCUCCGCCGCUCGGAGGAACGGCCACGGAGCGCGCCCUGCAGGAGGCGGCGGCCACGGGCACGCUCAGCUUAACGGGAAGGAGACUGCGCUGCUUCCCGGAGGCCGCGGCCCAACGCUGGGACCUGAGCGACACCACGGCGGCCGACCUGUCCCGGAACCGUUUUGCUGCUCUCCCCCCGGCCGUGUUGGGCCUCCCCUGCCUGGAGCUGCUCAGCCUGUCCCACAACAGCCUGCGUUCCGUGCCGGCCCACAUCGCCAACCUCAGCAACCUCACCUACCUCAACAUCAGGUGGGGAGGCUAA